AUGCUGAGACAGCUAAAACCAUGGCGGGCCUCAUUGGCUGUUAGGCUUCCAACCUCAUCGGCUUGGUCGCAGUCGUCAAGAGCUGCUCUAUUAUCUAGUCGCUCAUUCUCUUCUAACUCUGUCCUCUAUGAUGCCGAUAAGAUCGAUGGUAACGCCAUUGCUAAAUCUAUUCGUCAGGAGAUCCAGAAAGAAAUCACUGAAAUUAAAAGAGUUAAGCCUCAAUUUAAUCCCAAUUUGGUGAUUAUUCAAGUUGGAGACAGACCUGAUUCUUCAGCUUAUGUUCGCAUGAAGUUAAAGGCUGCCCAUGAAGCUAAACUUUCCUGCGAAUUGAGAAAGUUCCCAGAUAGCAUCACCGAAGCUCAGCUUUUGGAAGAGAUUGAGGAUCUUAAUGAUGAUACCAGUGUCCAUGGUAUCUUGGUUCAACUGCCCCUGCCCAAGGAAAUCAAUGAGGGCCGGAUUACUGAUGCUGUGUCCAUUGAUAAGGAUGUGGAUGGGUUUGGCACUUUAAAUAUUGGCGAAUUAUCCCGUCGUGGAGGAUCUCCUCUAUUUGUCCCUUGUACCCCUAAAGGUGUAAUGGUUCUGCUUGAAAAGCACAAAGUUGAACUUCGUGGUAAGAACGCCGUCGUCAUCGGUAGAUCUGAUAUUGUCGGUACCCCUGUUGCCAGUCUUUUGAGAGCCGCCGAUGCCACUGUCACAGUCUGUCAUAGAUACACCCAAGACUUGGCUUCCAUCGUAAAGCAAGCUGAUGUUGUUAUUGCAGCCGUUGGAGUGCCUGAUUUUGUCAAGGGAGAAUGGCUCAAGCCCGGUGCUGUAGUCAUUGACGUUGGUAUCAAUUAUGUGCCAGACGAGACGAAAAAGUCGGGAAAAAGACUGACUGGUGAUGUUGACUAUGCAUCUUCUGCUAAGGUUGCUUCGCUUAUUACUCCUGUUCCUGGUGGAGUUGGCCCCAUGACUGUUGCUAUGCUGGUGCAAAAUGUGGUUGAUUCUGCUAAACGUCACUACCAAGAGCAAGAGAGACGUCACGUUACUCCAUUGCCUCUUCGAUUACAAAAACCAGUCCCCUCGGAUAUUGACAUCUCGAGAUCUCAACACCCCAAGAAAAUCCGUGACUUAGCCAAGGAAGUUGGUAUCACUGAUCAUGAGCUUAUCCCUUACGGAGCUUACAAGGGCAAGGUGAGUCUUCACGCUUUGAAGAGAUUGGAACACCGCAAAGAUGGUAAAUAUAUUCUUGUUGCUGGUAUCACUCCCACUCCUCUUGGUGAAGGCAAGUCUACCACCACAAUGGGUCUCGCCCAAGCCCUUGGCGGCCAUUUGGGUAAAAUGGCUUUUGCAAAUGUUCGUCAACCCUCAAUGGGACCAACAUUUGGUAUCAAAGGUGGUGCUGCCGGUGGUGGUUACGCUCAAGUCAUCCCCAUGGACGAGUUCAAUAUGCAUUUAACUGGUGAUAUCCACGCCAUCUCUGCUGCUAAUAACUUGCUUGCUGCAGCUAUCGAUACUCGCAUGUUCCACGAGAAAUCUCAAAAGGACGCAUCUCUAUAUAAGAGAUUGGUUCCUAAAAAUAAGUUUACUCCUUCAAUGUUGAAAAGAUUGAAGAAGCUUGGAAUAGACAAGACCGACCCUGCCAGUUUGACCAAGGAGGAGAUUCGCAAGUUUGCUCGUCUCGACAUCGACCCUGAUACCAUUACAUGGAAGCGUGUCGUAGACUGUAAUGAUAGACAUUUGCGCACUAUUACAGUUGGAGAGGCACCCACUGAAAAGGGUGAUAUUCGACAAACUGGUUUCGACAUCACAGUCGCUAGUGAAUGCAUGGCUGUGCUUGCCCUUUCAAACAGUCUUCACGAUAUGAGAGAACGUCUUGGAAACAUGGUAGUGGCUAGUAGCCGGGACGGUGUUCCAAUUACUUGUGAUGACCUUGGAGCCGGCGGUGCUUUGACUGCUUUGAUGAAAGACGCUAUCAUGCCUAAUCUCAUGCAGACCCUUGAGGGUACUCCUGUUCUUGUACAUGCCGGUCCAUUUGCUAAUAUCAGCAUUGGAGCCAGUUCGGUUCUUGCCGAUAAGAUUGCUCUCAAGCUGGUUGGAUCUGAGCCUGGUGAGAAUCACGAAGAGAAGGCUGGUUAUGUAAUUACUGAAGCAGGUUUUGAUUUUACUAUGGGAGGUGAACGUUUUUUCAAUAUCAAGUGUAGAUCCAGUGGGCUGGUUCCUGAUACUGUUGUUAUUGUAGCAACCGUUCGUGCACUUAAGUUACAUGGUGGCGGUCCCGAUGUCAAGCCUGGUCAGAAACUGCCAGAUGCUUAUUUGAAUGCCAAUGUCGACUUGGUUAGAAACGGUUGUUCUAAUCUUAAGAAGCAAAUCCAAAAUGCCAAGAGUUACGGUGUGCCAGUAGUGGUUGCUAUUAACAGAUUCUCUUCUGAUAGUGCCGAAGAGAUUGAAAUUAUUCGCGAGGAAGCCUUGGCUGCUGGUGCCAAUGAUGCUAUUGCUUCUAACCACUGGGAAGAGGGUGGACUGGGUGCCAUUGAUCUUGCUAAGGGAGUUAUCAAGGCAGCCAAUGAAGGCAGUCAUGAUGAUUUCAAGUUACUCUAUGAUAUCCCCAAUACUUCUGCUGAAGACAAGCUGAACAUCAUUGCCAGAGAAAUGUACGGUGCAGAGAAGGUUGAACUGAGCCCCUUGGCACGUGAAAAGAUUGAGCGCUACACCAAGCAGGGAUUUGGCAACUUGCCCAUCUGUAUUGCCAAGACUCAAUACUCGCUAUCCCAUGAUCCUAACUUGAAGGGUGUCCCCUCUGGUUUCACUGUACCUAUCCGUGAUGUUCGUGCCUCGGUUGGUGCCGGAUAUUUAUACGCACUUGCUGCUGAGAUUAUGACCAUCCCUGGUUUGCCCACUUAUGCCGGAUUCAUGAACGUCGAGGUUGAUGAUGAGGGCAACAUUGAUGGACUCUUUUAA